CUCUCUCUCUCUCUCUCUCUCUCACUCACUUAUAUAGUAUAUCUUUAAAGCCCAGUCAAGUUAACCUAAAAUUCUCUGAUUCCAUUAAUAUAGAGAGACACACAGAGAGAAAAGAACAGAAAGAAAGAAAGAGAGAGAAAGAAUGGCAAAGGCACGUACUAUUGGGGUGGCCAUGGACUACUCUCCAACCAGCAAAGCAGCCCUUCGAUGGGCAGUUGAUAAUCUGGUGGUGCAGGGUGAAGAUAAACUCAUCUUGAUUCAUGUUCGAUCUGCCAAGUCUGAUAAUGACCAGAAGAAGAAGCUUUGGGGAGAGAAUGGAUCACCUUCGAUUCCUCUUGAAGAACUUAAAGUGACGACUGUGUCCAAGCAGUAUGGGCUGAACCCAGAUGCAGAGGUUCUUGAUCUUCUCGAUACUGUCUCGAGGACAAAAGGGGCUAAUGUGAUCUGUAAGGUGUACUGGGGUGAUCCAAGGGAGAGGCUGUGUGAUGCUGUGGAAGAUCUCAAGCUUGAUUCCCUUGUGGUUGGUAGCAGAGGCUUAGGAGCCCUUAAAAGGUCAGUUUUUUCUCUUAAAAUAUGGCAUGUUCUUCUGUUUUCUUUCUUUCUUUCUUUCUUUCUUUCUUUCUUUCACCAUAGGGCUUGAGAUGCACAAGAAUGGUAUCUUAGGAAGGUAAUAAAAUUCUAUAAAGAUUUAUGAACCGGUGGAUGAACCCUCUAGCUUCCAUGGGUUUAUGAAAUUUUGUUCGCUGUCUAAAAACAGGCAAGUUCCUCAAAUGAACCUUGAGUGUGAAUGACUUAACCUAAACCUUACGUCACAUUCAAAAUUGUUAUAAUUUAGGUGACCCAGUGGCCAUCUUUUUUAAUUAGGGUUUUUAUUACGGGAGAGUGGUUGGUCACCUAAAGACCAUCCACUUCUACGGGUAAUGAUUAUUUUGGUAGUCCACUUGUUUAUAAUCCUUACCAUAAAUCUA